AUGCACCAAAAUGAGGCAACGGUGAGCAUCAUUCAGGCCUUUCGACGCCAGGUCUUCGACGCGUUCCACUGCCUCGCCCACCCCGGUAUACGAGCCACGCAGCGUCUCAUCUCCACCCCUUUCCUGUGGCCCAGCAUGCAGAAGGACGUCCGUCACUGGACCCGCACAUGUCUAGCAUACCAACGAGCCAAGGUGCACCUUCACACGUCGUCGCCCUCCGCUGCCUUCCCCUUACCCGAAGCCCGUUUCCGGCACAUACACAUCGACCUCGUCGGUCCCCUUCCACCUUCUUCGGAUUCCUGGGAGCCCAGCACCGUCUCACCACUGCAUACCAUUCCCUGCUCUAACGGGCUCGUAGAGAGGCUCCAUAGACAGCUCAAGGCAGCCCUGAAGACCUCGGAGUUUCCGGAACGUUGGUCCGAGCACUUGCCCCUGGUUCUGCUUGGUAUCCGCAGCGCCAUCAAAGACUGCGGUGCUUCCGCAGCAGAUUUGCUGUACGGCGGCCCCCUUCGCCUCCCCGGUGAAUUCUUCGCUCCCGGCGCAACUCAGCCCCUGCCCGACCCGCAAGAUUUUGCCACCCGGCUCUCCUCAUUCUGUGCCACCCUGCGGGCGCCGUCUUACCGACCCUCAUCCGAUCGUCGCGUCUUCGUGCACCCCGACCUGGCAACCACGACACAUGUCUUCGUACGCCACGACGGUCAUCGGCAGCCCCUGCAGAACCCAUACGACGGUCCCUACCUCGUCCAAAGUCACCGUCCGAAAUCCUUCACACUCCUCAUCAAUGGGCGCUCCGAGGUGGUUUCCACGGAUCGCAUUAAGCCCGCAUACAUGGACAUUCCGUCUGGCUCAGCGUUUCCAGCUCCCGUCUCUUCGGUCCCCUCCCCCGUGACCCCGGUUUCCUCCCCGUCUCGCCGGGUGCACCGGGACUCGAAGCCGCCUAUCUGCCUUCGACCUUAG